AUGGAUAAGCAUCUCAAGUAUCUGGUAGCGCUACUUGUCGUGGUAUUGUUCACCUGUCUCACUGGUGGAUUGCAGUUAGAAUGCGGUCACCUUUUUGGCACUGGCUGUCAGAGUUGGAGAACGGGUCGAGAGAUGACAGGCCUGGUGGCCGCAGCCCUAGUGGCAUUUGUGAUGGCCUCCAUUUUCGCUGCACUUUUUAUCCUGAAAAAGAAUCGUUGGUCGUCCAUAUGCGAGUUUAUUGCCUUAGCCGCAGGAUCUAUUUUAAUGUUAGCUGCGGUCGCCGUCUACUACAAUCGAAGUUCUAUCCUGUCGCCCCUUAUGGCUGCUAUCACCAUGACUCUGGCUAUCGAGAUAGCAAUUUUCCUUCUCAUCGAUUUGGUUUCUUAA